AUGGCUGCCGAAGUGCCUGUUGGCGAUUUGUUGAGUGAAGCAGUGGAAUAUAUGUCUAAACUUGGUGUUAAUUUACGUGAUCGAUCGACAAGCCUGUUAGAGAAAAGAAUAAACCGCAAGAAGUUACGGAAUACACAUGCGGUUUUGAAAGCAGCUGAAAAAGUGCUUCUUAUAUGUGAAUUGUCAAAAAAAUCACUCGCGAAUGUUGAAACCGGCGUCCGAAAAGUCUUAUCCAUUAUCGACGCAUCUCAGACACAAACAAAUAGCGGUGAUGGCGGGAAAACUAAGAAUAAUGCAUUAGAUAAGCGUAAUGACCGAUUUUUUUAUUUUGAAUAUGAAUCAUGCACAUUGCGAAUAUCUAAAAAAAUUACAUUAAAACACUAUACAGGAGUAAAAGUCCUAGCAAAAAAGUUGCCAGUUUCUAUGCAAGAAAAAUAUCCAGUAUUUUAUGAUUGCAAACUAAAGAGAUUAAGGAACAAAUUAUCAGAAACACAACAAGAUGAUAAGCAUGCAGACAAGUCUGAAAAAACAAAGUUUAAGAGCAAAGAUGUUGAACAAUCUCAAAAAACCCAGACUUUGAAGGACUCAGAUGAAUCCGAUACAACUUUAUCAGGCAAGUCAACAAAAGAAAGAGGCAAUCCCAAUGAAAAUAAAUUAGUUGAAAAUGAUGUUAUAAAUGCUUUGGAUUCUAUUGCACUUAAUGAUAAAUCAGACACUAUUCACGAUGAUAAUGUUUCCAAUAGGCAAGAAAGUAAUGGAAACAAAAAAAGCAAUUUGGAUGAAGAUGUAUCAGUGUCUGAACUUGUUGAAUGCUUUGCAAAUGAAGCAAAGGUUGAUGAGGAUGAAACACAUGAUGGAAAACAGAAAAAGGGAAAAAAAGAUGCUAGCCUUAUUAGAAAGAAGUUUAGUAAAAUUAAGAUAGUUGAUGAUGAUGAUAGCUCAGAUAAUGAACCUAUUUCUAAAGGCACAGAUAACAUUACCCAUAAGAUAUCAUCUGAUGAAGAAACUAAUAUAAAUUCGGAAAAAGAAAAUAAUGAUAAGGAGUCUAAACUUAGGGAAAGAAAAUUUAGUAACAGUGAUGGAGACACAAACAAAGAGGAUUCAGACAACAAUUCUGUGAAAUCUGAAAAUAGUUCUAAACCUCUGAUUAGAUGUGUAAAUAUAUCUAAAUUACUUAAGCCUGAUGCAUUAAGUUCAGGAACAGUUCAACCAUCAAACCAAAGCCAAAUUACACAAAGUAAACCCUUAACUACAAAACAAAAAGAAAAAGAUAAGAAGAAACAUAAUAAUUCUAAAGAUGAUUUAUGUAAAAAGCAAAGAACAAUAAAGUCCUUCUUUAAAGCAGACCAAAGUGAAGAUGAAUAUUGGGCCCAAAAAAGAAAAGAGGUUGAAAAAUUUAAACCUAAACAGUUUUCUGUGAAUAUUAAUAGAUUACCCCAAUUCACAACUAACUUUAUGCUUUCUCAUGAAUUAAAGAGAAUCACUCAAAAUAACAAAACUGUUUAUGAAGUUCAUAAUAAAGACUCUGACCACUUAAAGAAGAAUAUUGACGAAGUUAAGAAUGCCUUACUGAAUGAAUCUGGAUCAGAUACUGAGAAUAACAUUUCAGACAAGGCAAAGAAUGUUAAAAAUUCUCUUCUCAAUAAUUCUGAUUCUGAAACAAAUGAAAGAUCUUUGAAUAAUGGUGAUAAUAAUUCCAUAUCAUCGUCAGAAACAAAUAAAGUAAAAGAAUCACUUCUUCAUGAUUCUGAUUCGGAACUGAAGGAAAAAUCUUCAAACAUUUGUACAGAUAAUGUUGAUGAUGCUAUAUUAUGUGAAGCAAAUAAAGUAAAAGAAUCACUUCUUAAUGAUUCUGAUUCUGAAAUCAAAGACAAAUCUUCAAAUAAUGACUUUGAUGCUUGCUUAGAUAAUAUUGAUGAUACCUUAUUAGCUGAAGCCAAUAAGGCAAUACAAUCAUUUAUUAAUGAUUCCAACCACCAAUCAAAAGAACAAGCAAUAAACAAUUCUAACAACAGUAGUUCAAAAGACCAGGAAGACACAACAGAUAAUGCAAUUGUUAAAGAUGCACUUCUUAAUGAAUCUGAUUCAGGAAGCGACAAAGUCUCUGACCCUGUUACCAAAGAUUGUGAAAAUGUGUUAGAGAAAGAAGUUGCUAAGGAAAUCAAAGAUGCUUUGCUUAAUGACUCUGAUUCUGAUAAAAAUGAAUGUGUUCAAGAUGUCACAAGUAAUGAUGCCACCAAAGAUAAAUUUGCCCUGUCACAAAAUGAGUUUGAAGCAAGUGAGCACCCUGAACAAACUGAAAAUCAAGAUCCAGAUAAAAUCAAAUCGUCACUGUUAAAUGAUUCAUCUGACAGUGGAAAAAAAUCCCCACCUAAAAAGAAAUUAAAAAAACGUAAAAGAACAAACAGUGAAAGGCAAGCUAAAAGAAACAGAUUGUGCUACACAUCAAGUUCAGAAAGUGAAGAGGAAUUAAAAAUUAAGUCUAAAGAGAGUUCUCGUAAACACCAUAAACGAAAAUCACGACAAUCUAAUUCCUCUUCAUCCAGUGAGGAAAAUAGGAAAAAGAAGAAAAAAACUGAUGGAACUGGUGAUGAGCAUUCAGAUGCUGGUGUUAGCAAGAUGGUACGUUCUAAGGCAAAACCGUGUGGAAGCAGCGGUCAAAACUCUGAUAAUCAAGAUGCAAGUGACAAAGACAUUGAUGGACUGACAAAUCUGAGUACUUUAAACAAAAAACACCGACGGCGCGAUUCCCCGUCGACGAAUAAUACGGGCACUCGAAGCGGUGGUAAAAAGACUCUCACAGUGAAAACUGAGGAUAUGAAAGUGACGUAUGAUGACCUGCUGACUGCAGCUGCUAGCAGUUCUGAAGUCUCCGAUGAUGAAAAUAUGCCUGAAGAAGAGCUGCCCACCAUACCAUCAGGACUCAAUGGAGAUAGUAUCGGGCAUUUAGCUAAAGAUGAUUUAUUAGGCGAGAGCGAUUCGUCAGUAUCACAGAAUGAAAAGAGACACAGCGAGGCAGAGGAGACUCGCAAUGAAGAGGAAUCGGAGGAUGAACAAAAUGUAAAAUUAAAGCGGCAACGCAAGGCGAACGCGAUAUCUUCUGAUUCUGAAGGCGGAACUUCACAUCGUAAGCAGAGGGAUGAGGAUGCAAGAGUGAGUGACUUUGAGGACUCUGAGGACGAGAGUUCAGAGUCCAGAGAGAAGCGCUCCAAGCGGAAGAAGAAAGGAUCUGAGAGUGAUGCUUCGGGAGGGUCUAGCAAUGAAGGAGGUCAAAAGAAACGUCGCCGUAUUAAACAAGUGAAGGACAGUGAUGGCUCUGGAUCUGAUACUGAGAAUGAAGGAAGAAACAAACAUGGCAGGAAGAAUAUACGUAAGGUUAUGGGCAAGAACCAGUUGGAAGAGGCCACUAAGAAGGCAGCUCGCGAAGAGAAAGAAAGGAUUGCUCGUAUUACUGAGAGACAAAAAUUGUACAACAACAUGGAAUUUGACGAGUCUGGCAAACCGGACGAGGUUGUCUUGGAGAAGGUGGUGCUAGAUUUCGACCCUGAAACUAAAGAGCCACUGAUUGAGGUCGAUAGAGGACUUGUGAAGAAACUGAAACCCCAUCAGGCUAACGGAAUAAAGUUCAUGUGGGACGCGUGCUUUGAGAGUGUGAAACGUAUCAAGAAGGACAAGGGGUCCGGGUGUAUCCUCGCGCAUUGUAUGGGUCUCGGGAAAACUCUACAAGUAAUAUCCCUGACGCAUACAUUGCUGACACACGGCACUCUGACCGACGUGAACCGUGUGUUGGUGGUCUGUCCUCUGUCCACUGUACUUAACUGGGUCAACGAGAUCAAAAUGUGGCUCAAACACGCACACUCUGAGUUCGAAGUCGAUGUGUAUGAGUUGUCCAGGUACAAACAGAACUCUGAGCGAGCGUUCCAGCUGCAGCAAUGGUUUGAAGGGGGCGGGGUGUGUGUGCUCGGGUACGAGAUGUUCCGCAACCUCUCCGCUGACAACAACAAGAAGUUCAAGAAAAAGAUGCUAAGGAGUUUCCAGGAGAGCCUUGUUGAUCCAGGACCGGACUUGGUGGUAUGUGACGAAGGACAUCUGUUGAAGAACGAGAAGACCAGUCUGUCGCAGUCAAUGAACAGAGUCAAGACGCGACGCCGCAUCGUCCUCACCGGCACGCCGCUACAGAACAACUUGAAAGAAUACUACUGCAUGGUACAAUUCGUGAAGCCGAAUCUGCUGGGAAAGUACAACGAGUACUUGAAUCGUUUCGUGAACCCCAUCACCAAUGGCCAGUAUACGGACUCGACUGAACAUGACAUCAAGGUCAUGAAGAGACGGUCCCAUGUACUGCAUAAAAUGCUCGAUGGAGCUGUUCAGAGGAGAGACUAUGGGGUGCUGGCGCCCUUCUUGCCUCCGAAACACGAGUAUGUGCUCUUCAUCACUUUAUCCGACGUGCAAGUCAAGCUUUACCAAUUCUAUUUGGAUAACUACUCUAGAAGGCCGCUACCUGGUAAAUCCUCUGGGUUCCUGUUCCCUGACUUUCAAUCACUGCAGAGGAUAUGGACACAUCCACUUGUCCUCAAAUAUAACUCGGAAAGAUAUGAAAUUAUGCAGCAGAAAAAGAGGGAGAGAGAAGAAGAAGACUCGGAAGGAUCAUUAGUAGAUUUUAUAGAUGAUGAUUCUACUCCAGAGGAAACUUCAACAGAAGAGUCGACGGAUGAACUCUCAGAUAUGAGCGAUGACAGUCGAAAGAAGAGCAAGAAGAAGAAUAAGGGGAAGAAGAAUAAGGGUAAAGACUCGAAGGUGGGCACGCGGCGGGGCACCAGGGCCAACCCAGUGGAAGCGGACGAGGACGAUCCGGACGUGGCUGAGGUGGUGGAGGUGAGGAAUGAGAACCCGACGGAGUGGUGGAUCAAGUUGGUGGAGGAGGAGGAACUCGAUGACAUGCGCAACUCACACAAACUCGUUCUCCUGUUCGACAUCCUACGCCAGUGCGAGACUAUUGGGGAUAAACUAUUGGUGUUUUCGCAAUCGCUGUACUCUCUAGAUCUGAUAGAACACUUCCUAGGUAAAGUAGAUGAGGCGACGCAAGAAGGACGUAUCGACGAGAAACUCGGAGGACAUGUCGGUUCAUGGGCACCCGGCGUAGAUUACUUCAGGCUGGAUGGGUCUACAUCUUGUGAGAACAGAUCUAUUUGGUGUAAGAACUUCAACAGAGAAGAUAACCCCAGAGCUAGGUUAUUCCUAAUAUCGACUCGCGCGGGUGGCCUGGGUAUCAACCUGGUGGCCGCCAACCGAGUGGUCAUCUUCGACGUCUCAUGGAACCCCUCACAUGAUGUCCAGAGCAUAUUCAGGGUCUACCGAUUUGGACAGAAGAAACCUUGCUAUAUUUACAGAUUUUUAGCUAUGGGUACAAUGGAGGAGAAGAUUUAUGAGCGCCAAGUGACGAAGCAGGCGAUCUCUAAGCGAGUAAUCGACGAGCAACAGAUCGAUCGACACUACGCUGAGAACGACCUCGCCGAGCUGUACAAGUUCGAGGCUCGCCCCAACGAGCCCCGACCUAUACCCGCGCUGCCCAAAGACAGACUCUUCGCUGAAAUGCUCAGGGAACACGAGGCUCAGAUUUACAAGUACCACGAGCAUGAUUCUCUGCUGGAGAAUAAGGAGGAGGAGACUCUUAGCGAGGAGGAGCGAAAGGCUGCCUGGGAAGACUUCGAGAACGAGAAGAACAGGCCGCCGCCCGCGCCCUUCCCGUCCGCCUGGCCCAUGCACAAUGGAAUGAUGCCGGGGCUGCUGGCGGCGCAGCAGCAGCAGCUGGCGUACGCGGCGCUGGCCGCCAUGCUGCGCAAGGACAUGCCCAACAUCAACGACAACCAGAUCCGGGACAUGCUGCCGCUCAUAUACAACUCUAACCCAGGGUUGAUUCAGAAAAUGUCUCAACUUUACAAGUUUACACCACCGGGGAUGAUGAAUCCCAGUAUGAUGAAUGCUGUUAUGAAUUCUGGCGGCGGCGCGGGCGCGUCGAGCGGCGCCGCGGCCAGCUCGCUGCAGUACGAGCCGCCCUGGCUGCGGCAGCAACAACAACAACAACAGAUGCGGCUGCAGCAAGUCAUGCAGCAAAACCAAAUGGGCGCGAAGAUCUACGCCGGCGGACUCGGCAGCCGCGACCCCGUGGCCAUGGCGCUGCAACAGCAACGCUCGCGCGAGAUCCUCAUGGCCGGCGCCGGCGCGCGCCCGCGCGGCCGACCGCCCCUCGCCGCGCGCCAGCACCCGCCCACCUUCGCGCAGGACGUCGUCAACCUCGACUCCGACUAG